GAUCUAACCUCCGCCGGUAAAUGGACUGGUAAGGCGUAAUAAUCGGUCGAUGAAUGAGGGAACAAAUGCAUAAGUGACCUAGACAUUUCAUUCAAGCAGCCUCCAUGAACAACUUGAAUGACCCCCCUAGAUGGAACAUCCAACCAGACCCCAGAGGGAGAGGGGCGGCUGCUGGUGAUGGCAACCAAUGGAACUAUGCCCUGCUGGUUCCUAUGCUGGGACUGGCAGCAUUUCGUUGGAUCUGGACUAGAGAAUCUCAGAAGGAGAUCCAGAAAGUUAAAGCCCAGUAUGACAAGGAUGUAUCCACAAUAAAAAAUGAGAUGGAGGCACAUUACCGAGAGACACUGACCGAGAGGAGCAGGGUGGCAGCUACGCUAGAGUUGGAACUGGAGAAGGAGCAACAAAGGGUGAAAGGUUACAAGCAGGCUUUGAUUUCACAGACUCGCCAGCUUAUGGAAGAGCGAAAACGGCUAGAACAGGAGCGAGAAGCAAUAAAUAAAGAAAAGCAAAGGUUGGUGACAUCUGGUGCUGCAGGUGCUGCACUGCGUGAAGCCCUGGAGAGAGAGAACGAGUGGCACCAGCGUGCCACAUCCACCCUGAAGGCGCUCGAGGGGCAGCUCUUGGAGCGACAGAGCGCCUACUGCUCCCUCAUCCAACCUCGAGAACAGAGGCUGGAGAUGGAGAAGAACAUGCUGCUUAAGGUUGUCAAGGAUCCCAUUGGGGCUGAACUGGAUCUAGAGUCAGACCUGAAGGAUAUUUUUAAGAGAGAUAAGCACUGUGCAGACCUGUUAAACCUGGACCAAAGGAAGAAUGGAAGCCUUAUGUGGGUAUACCUCAAGUACUGGCAUCUGCAAAUCACAAUGCAGAAGCACAAAAGAGCUGAAGAAGCCAUAUUAACUGGGAAAACCCAGCAUCACAAGAAGUGACAAAAAGCAAAGAUUAGCUGGCUGACUUUGAAGGAUGUUGAUUGUAUUUGGAACAGGGAUGGAAAUACUUGUUUUUCUUCCACCUGUGUAAAUAUCUUCACUUGAUAGGGAUUGUUAAGCAAACACCUUAGAGUUCUCAACUAAAUGACCCUUCAUAUCUGUGACAGUCUCAUCCAUUAUCUCAGAAUUUAAGGAACCUACAAUAUUCAACAUCAGAGUCAUCAAGUGAGACUUGUCAGCUUUGAAUGAACUGCACAGCAACUUAAAAUGCACUAAAAUACAUCAGAUGUUAUUCAUAAAAGAUACAUAACUGAUGAUUUAUAAAACAGAAAAAUAUUUUCCUUUCUGCUUCUUAGAAAAAUGUUAAAAGGAAAACAUUCAACUUGCAUUCUCAGAGUGAACAAAUUAAAGUUAUUUUAAUUUUAAUUACUUUAUUUUGGUAUGAAUUUAGAGCUCCCUUCAAAUCAGUGCUUUGUGGAAAAGCACCAAGACGUGUCAGGAAAUUGCUAACAAAAAUAUAUAAAAAUGAAGUCCAAAUCAGAUUUUUGACAUUGUUGCAUCUGUCUUGGAAAAGACAGUAUUUUGGGGGAAUGUGUUGAACUAUAUGUUAAUGAACUUCAUGUCCAUGAAGCCCAUAAGGUUCCUCCAUCUAUGACCUCUUCAGUCAUAAUCGCAUCUAUUGACAUGUUUAAUACAGUAAAUUCUAUAGAUUUGUCUUUUUGUUUGGUUUGGUUCUUUUUUCGUGCUUGUUUUUACAUCACAGCUGUGGAGUGUUAUUCUGUCUUCAAUUACAGGUUUAUGUGGGAGCUUCAUAACAAUCUUUGGGCCAAAGCUUUAUCGGCUGUGCAUGUGUAUAUAAAAUAUUGCGUUAUCAGAUAAGUGGAAUAAAAAAUACUACAA